UAGCGAUGUCCUAAGGGCGCUAUGCCAGUCUCAUUGCUAUCGUCUUUUCUAUCGGCGGCAGUUAAGUAUAAUAAUUUGCGCGAUUACAGAACAAAUUCUGUAUGAACAAUAAAUAAAUGUAAGGUAAAACUUCUACGGCGACGAUAAGGUGACACGCAUUGCGAAUAUUCCAAUUGUAGCGAGCGGAUGUAUUCGAUGAAAAUUCAGCCUGUGCUGCAGUGAAUUUUCAAUUUGGAGUGUAAAUUUUACGAUAAAGCGUGAUGAAUGAUUAUAUAAUUCUGUUAUUGACGACAUGGUUCGCCGUAGUUCUCGUGAAAGUGGCUAAAUGGCUUUACGAGUAUUACAGAUUUGCCAAUACCGUCAAUAAAAUUCCGGGACCAAAGGCUCAUCCUAUAGUGGGGAACGCGCUGAUGAUUAUAAAGGUCGAUCGCAAAGAUCGCUUGAAAUGGUUCCGUGACCUGUGCGAACAGUAUCAGAUGGAUGGAUUAUUCCGCAUUUGGCUUGGAACUAAAGCAAACAUUCAUUUUAUUUCGCCAGAAACUGUCAGCGUGAUUUUGCGCAGCAAGACGCUCAUUACGAAAUCAGACAUUUAUAGUUUCGUUCAACCGUGGCUGGGUACAGGACUGAUAACUUCUACAGGGGAAACGUGGCAUCAGCACAGAAAAUUGAUUACCCCAACCUUUCAUUACAAUAUAUUGGAGGAAUAUUCAGUGGUAAUGUUUGAGAAGACGGAAGUUUUGAAAAAAUGUAUCGAGACAGAGCUAAAGACGAAUCCAGAAGAACCGAUCGAUAUUCAUGCUUUUUCAUUGAAAUGUACACUGGAUAUAAUCUGUGAAGCAGCAAUGGGGGUCAACAUCAAUGCUCAAAUGGACGAAAAUUUGGAAUAUGCAACAGCCUUAAAUCGAAUCAGCGCCGAAGCUGUAGAACGGAAUUUCCGACCUUGGCUACAUAAUGACUGGUUCUACUAUCAGACUCAGCGUGGAAAAAAAUUCAAGCAUUUUGUAGAAACAGCGCACAAGUUUACAAAGAAGGUAAUAAGUGAAAAAAAGGCGGCCCAGAAAAUCCGUCAGCAAAAUAACUCCGAUGAAAACUACAAGUUCGAGAAACCAAAAUCACAGGCAUUUUUAGACCACUUGUUGGACGCGUGCGAACGUGAAAAGAUGCCACUCACCGACGACGAGUUGCGACAAGAAGUUGACACGUUUUUAUUCGCAGGUCACGAUACGUCGGCUGCGACUAUAAGUUGGGCGCUUUUCUGCAUCGGCAAUAAUCCGGAAGUCCAAGAAAAAAUCCACGAGGAGCAUUUGCGCAUAUUUGGGGACUCGAAGGAACCAGCGACGAUUCAACAAAUCAACGAACUCAGAUACCUUGAAAGGGUGAUAAAGGAAACACUGAGACUAUUUCCCGCUGUGCCAUCGGUGAGUCGAACCAUAACCGAAGACACGGAAAUAGCUGGAUACAAAGUGCUUAAGGGUAUCUACGCUCGCGUUCUGAUACACUACGUUCACCGGCAUCCGAACCAUUGGCCAAAUCCGGAUAAAUUCGAUCCGGACAGAUUUUUACCGGAGAAUUCUCAAGGGCGACAUCCGUACGCGUACAUACCCUUCAGUGCCGGACUCAGAAACUGUAUUGGACAAAAAUUCGCCAUUUUGGAGGAGAAGAUCGUCUUAACAGCAGUAUUGAGAGAAUGGUGGGUCAAGAGCGCUGUGAAAUAUGAGGAGAUCAAGUGUCACAGUGAAUUCAUACUCAGGCCACAGGACGGAAUCAAGAUCUACUUUAUCCGCAAGUAGUAGGGAUGAAUUUCACAACGAAUCUCCACAAACUGCAGUUGUUUGUAAAAAUAAAUAAUGCAUCUGGGAAAACAUGUUAUUCAUUUUCGUAUCAAAGUUUUCGAAAAUACGUACCAACUCUUACACGUAUAAUUCCACGCUUGGUACUUUAACGAAACUAAUUGGAUUCGUCAUAUUUAAAAAAUACCAAAUUCAUAUCGCGUUGGUAGGUGGAGCGAAUCGCCAAAAAUCCGUGACUGAAAACUAAAGUCUCCGUUCAACAGUAGCCUUUGCGCGUCGAUUACAGUCCCGGAUUUCAAUAGACGAAAAAGAUUCAUCCAGAAAUUCGAAAACCCGAACCUAGACACAAACGUUCCCGUAACUUUCGACAUAGAAUAGAAUGCAGCCCGAAAUACGGCCGUUGCCUGUGUAAAACAAAUAAAACCAGAGCCGGUAAGCCGAUAGAAGCAAUUUCUCUGAGCCGGGGUCAACGACCCGCCCAUCUUCAGAGAUUCCGCGAGGUUAGGUCUAACCUUUUCCCUCCGUGAUUCUCAGCCUCCACCUAAUACCAAAGCAACAUGGAAUAAGCGUCACAAUGUGUUUCAACAUCUCGUAUAUUUAUUUUUACAACGUAUAACGGCGCGCAAUUUAUUCGUAAAAAUAUUAUUCGGCUACACCGGAUGAGAUGAAAGCUGUAAAAAUAUAACAAAUUCAAACAUUGCUGGUCACUUUAUUUGGCCAGCGGUCUAGAUUUAACUCACAUAAUAUCAGCUAGAUAUAUGUAUAUGUGUAUACAUGUAUAUAAGUGGUUCGCUUAAUGCGAGUGAAAGCCCCAUGACCUGUAUAACCCGCAGAGCAACGUGCACGAUAAUUUUUUUCUCUCUAUUUUAGUGUACCAUACAUAACUUUCUGGUUAAAUGCUUUUUCCAAUUUCAUAUCCAGGCGCAAUUUCCGCGAAUGCUGUUAUUGAUUUCAAAUGGCUGUGGAACGGGUCGAGAGUUACAUCGGGACCGGAGUCACCCCUGGUUAUUACUAAAGCUUUUCAUGCCACGUAAAA